AUCUCGACUGCCUCACUCAAGACGCCCAAGUAUUUUAUCACCUCAUCACCCGUCCUCGUCAGAUCCGAAUCCUCUUAGCGCAGGCUGGCCAUGAUGGCCGAACCGGUCGAUGGCGCUGAGCAAAAGGGGCCCAAAAUCUCUGCUUCAGCCAACGAGUGCCUCGAGUCUUUCCAAAAAUGUCUCUUUUCCGCAGCCUCGAUCCAUCCCCGGGAGUUGUCGAUGGUAGAGGACCAGUUUGCAAGAUUCUCAAGCUGGACAAACGGGAUAGGUGUUUUUGCGCCUGAUUCAGCAUCUAUGGAUCAUAGGUUGAGAUAUGCCCCUGCGGUUAAGGGUGUUGUUAUUGGCCUGUUGGAAUCACUGAACUAUCGAUGCCAGAGUUUACUCAAGGUUCUGAAUUCCAUGAUAGAGCCUCCAGGUUGGGAAGACGUGAACCAAGGCUUCCAAAAGUCUCUUUUGGAUGCAGCAUCAGAGAUCAGCCGACUCAACAAGAUUUCUAACACGAUCCGCCGUGCAAGCAAAGAUACUCAGGCUCUCAAAGCAAGUAACUUCCAGAUAAAAGAUGACGAAGGAAACGAUGUGGAAGACAUACUACGGGAACACUUUAAACAUCACAUUUGCGACAGAUUCCCCGGCUUGGGCGAAGUUCUCCAGGAGAGACUGGCUCGGACGAUGCUUCUUCGAAGGAAGCGCAUCUUAUACAGAAGGUAUCGCCAGGAGAGUACAACAAUAAAGCCUCAGAAAACGGAGGCCGAGAAACUAGUCGAGCUCCCAAGUGCUCAGCAAGCUAUAUCAUCUGAGCAUUCCAAGACGCAAGAGAGCAAGCCCAAGGGGCAUAGCGCGGUCUCCAAAUCAGCCUUGGCAGCACCAUCCCAAGUCAAAAGCGCAACAACUCUGGCGCUAGAAAAGUUUCAAAAAGCAGCUGCAAGCCCAUCAGUUGCAUCAGCAAGCAAGACAGUUGCUCUGGGUUCCCAUGAAGCUCUAGUAUUCCCUCCCGCCCCAGGAUUUGCUCUCAAAAAGCGCUAUGAGAGACUCAAAAAGCAAAAUGAUUUUACAGAAAAUGGGACAAAAUCACCUUUAGAGGGCUUUCCAGAAGAAGAACUGGUAGGACUUAUAGAAAUUACCUGUCCAUAUUGUCUUUAUGCUCUUCCAACCCAACAAUUCUUUGACGAUCGAAAGUGGGAAAACCACGUGGUAAGCGACUUGGAUGCCUACGUAUGUCUUUUUGAAGAUUGCGAUCAGCCAGAUAUCCUGUAUAACCAUAGCGACGAGUGGCUAGCCCACUUACAACAACAUCGUCGGUUCUGGCGCUGCGCCUCUCAUCGGGAUCUUGAUCCGUUUACAUCCAGUGCCGAGUAUACCGCUCACAUGCGAGACGUUCACAACAGCAAGCUCAGCGACAACCAGCUUCGGGCCAUGGCAAGCAGGAACAGUCGAAAAAUGCCAAAGCUGUUUCCAUCAUGUCCUCUGUGUGGCAAGGAUGAAGCUGAGGUGGAUGGGCGUCUUGAGGACCACCUGGCUGGACAUUUGCGUUCUCUAGCCCUUAAGUCACUACCCAGCUAUGAAGAUGAGCUGCCAGAAGAGGCCAACAACGACAACGAUAGUAUCAACAUACCACGACCUCAGAGUCGAAGCACGGUACUGGAGAUGAGACAGGCAGAGGACGAGUUCCCAUUGGACAUACUAUGCUCUGACGAAUUUUGGUCCCUCUGGAAUCCAGAAGUGCCCCAAGAUGCUGGUGUAAACUUCAUGGGAGAUGCUCAUACUGAACUUGAUUUAAGUAGCCACGAUAUCGAACAAGCCACUCUGUUUUUCGAUACCUAUUCAUCCAGAGAUCACGCUGAAAGCUCAGAGCAGGAUCCUAUCCUUCAGUCCAUGUUGAGCCAAAAGAUGAUGGGUGCUUAUCAUCAAGAACCCGACAACGAAAUUUCGAAACAAGAACUCUGGCGUCGCGCCGUGAAAUCUCCAUUUCGUGAGAAGGGAACGCUGAAAGAAAUGCUUGCAAAAAUGAAGACUGAUCUCAGAGAGGAAGAAACACUAGCCUCCGCUUUAAGCACUCUUGCAGACGAGGAAGACCCCUCAGACAGGAACAUUUAUGAGACAGAAAAACCCCAGACCGGAGAGCAGAUUGAGACAAAUCCGAUAGUCGAAAAGAAGGGAAUUGAUUCACAACAAGAAAGUAUCUCGCUUGAGGAGAGCGGUUAUCUGAUCCUCUCUAUCAAGAAUAUAAAGUGCUCGAACUUUUUCUUGAUGCAAAUUGGCUCCCCUGAUCAACUAGUCUGCGACGUAAGCUACGGAGGUGAGGUCUCACAAGUCGCAUUUCGGGCCGAGGAACAAGUUUGGGAUAAACCAAUCAUACUACAUGUUCCAUACGACAUUCCGAAGUCGCUAACAGUAUCACUAUCCUCAGUUUCCAUGACAAAUCGACGCGCUCCCCACAUGGCCUUGAAUGGACCCUUUGGCACGACUGAGAUAAACGUCCGACACAUCAUAUCGACUAAGUAUACCUACAGCGAUGUUCGCCGGAUACUGAGACGGGAAACUGAAAGUCUAGUUAAUUUUCGAACAACUGCAGAAAUUUCCUUCGACCUUUCGUGGCAGCUUACGGAUCCAAGAAUAUCCAGCAAGAAGACACAAGAUUCUGACCACAGCGACUUGAGUAAGCUCUCAGAGCCACUUUCGUUUUCUCCUAAUAUCCAGGACGAAGCUUCGGAAGGACAUAAAGCGCCAUCUGUUGGCGAACCUCCAGCUUCCUCAGUAAAAGCUGAUCCAGAAGUCUUGACAAGGCUUGGAGAUCUGAAAGAUAAAGGUCGUGUAAACUAUUCUGCACCGACUCCACAGCAUAACUCCAGCCGUGCUGCUGGCUUCGAGGUCGACAAUGAGGGAUCUUCUCGAAGAUACAGUGGCUACGAUGGCACGGGCUAUCAGAUAAAUGGCUCCAUCAUCUCUUACGAUGAAUGUCAACGCCGAGAAGGGGAACAGCCUGAGGAGUAUGUUAGCGUUUCUGAUCCUUUGACAGUCACAGAAAUGCCAAAGGAAUCUCUGAAGUCUUUUGAUGAGAUGUUCUUGGACCAAGACUACAGUUCUAGUCGAGUCCGCUUCAAAGUGGAAGAUGAUUCCAUCAAGGAAACACCAACCAGAAAGACUAGCAGAAAUAUAGAGAAAGACGCAUACAAUGGAUGGUUCUUCAAAGGAGAUAAGUGGCGACCUGAACAGCUUCCUGGAGCAGACGGUCAGCAAGAAGAAGGCUUGAAGUUCCAGAUGAACGACGCGAACGCUCCUAUGACGGCCGGAUCUCGGUUUUCUGUACUAGCUCAGGGUAAUGAGGAAGAAGGAAAGUUGGCCGAAGCCACGGAGGUGGUUGAGAGAUCGUCGAACCAAAUUCGCAGGGGCAUUCAGGUGCUCAAUGAUGCUUUCGAAGCCUCAGAAGAUGAACCAAGCGCAGGGAAAAGGCCCGACGCGAUAAUGGAUACAGAUAAACCUGUCUUUAUGGAUCCAUCACAAUCACCACUUCGUGGAAGGGUUGAGAUAGAGAAUGAACGGCCCCGGCGUCGCGGAAAGAGUCCACAAAUGGAAUCCGAGGACGAGGAAGCUCAGAGGCAACGUAUCAGGGAACGGGUGGGCUCCCCGCGUAUUGCAACCGUGGGUAAAAAGUCAGGAAGAAAGAGCCAGUCAUCACCUCCUCGCAGUGGCACCAAUAGGGAUGCUCCUGGAUGGUUCAAGGACUAUAGGAAGCUUUCUCAGCGUCGCGUUGAGCAAUUUCACACUCAAGAUUCCGCUUCGAGGCUGGAGAUGCCUCUUCCGUCUGCACCGCCUGUUUCUGCACGGCAGAAAGAAAAGCCAGAGUCUAAUCCAUUGCCACGGAAGAAGAAAGGGGAUACCAAGAGGGAUAGGAAGGAAUGGGUGUCUGAUUGAGAUACUUUGAUACUGUCUUAUAAAAGAUAGGUUCUUAAGGAAGAUCCUUUCCCAAUGAUCUCUGAUUUCUGGUCCGUGAUACAAUAGUUACAGGAAGAACCUAAUGUAGGUCAGGGCCACAGGGGCUUGUAUGAGUUUGUGUAAACCCUAUCAAUACAUUAGCAACAUCGAUCUAGGCAACGCAGCAAGAAUAACAC